UCGUCGCGUCGGCGAGUUGUUCUUCUGCCCGCGGGCUAACUCUCGCAAAGUUUCGAAUCUCAAAAUUAUCGCGCUCGCGCCAAAAUCGUGCUAAACCUCCGUGGUGUUAAAAUAGCUAUUUUUUUUAAAUCUCGUGUUUACUCACUAAUCGCUCACUUCCUAAAUUAAGGAGAGUCGCGUGUGAUAAUUAUGGCGCCGGAUGACCCAAAAACCUGGCUUUGGUUGAUAUCGUUUGCGGUUUUCGUCCCCCCGACAGUGGCCGAACUACCGAUGAGUCUGAAGAACCUGGCCGUUGACAACGUGAUCAUCGCGGAAUGCUCCGACCCGGCCCGGUUGAGGAUGCUCGAGGGCAAACAGCACUGCAGCUUUGAGCCGGGAGGAAGAACCGUUUGCUUUCGUGGGUUGGACACACGCAGGACGCUGCACAGCCAGGGUCGUUUCAACCGGACCAAGGAGUUGAUACUGUGCGAUUGGCCAACGCAACGGUUCGACCCGCGCGAGCUGGCGGAACUGGUUCCAAAUGUGGAGAAGUUUGCCAUCACUGGAGAGAGGAUGUGGAUGCUCAAGUAUGACUUUCCACCGCUGAUGAACCUGUGGGCGAUUAACAUCACUGGAACCAAGCUGAACCAGACGAGGGCGUCCUCGUUUCAACGACUUCCGGCGCUGAGGCAACUCAACAUGAGGGGCAACGCGCUGGUGGAGAUUGUUCCGUUCGUGUUUCGGAGCGCCCACGUGGACAUCUAUCUGCAAGGUAAUCCCUGGAACUGCACCAACGACAUGAUCUGGCUGCUGGAGGAACGCAGCGGCUUUUACGCGGACAAAUCCCUGCUGGUUUGCAAAGACUGGAAGUACACCGGUCGGCCGAUGGUGACGGCCAUGGAGUACAAACGAGUCCUGCGCGAGCACUGUCGAAGCCACGAGGAGAUUCGCAACUGCACCUGCCGCAUUUCGUACCUGCGGUUGAGCGACAGCGGGAAGGCCUUUCAACCGAUGGUGACGGUCAAUUGUACGGGGAAGGAGUUUUACAGAUUGCCGAGCUACCUGCCGCCAAACACGACGGUUCUGCACGUGGCCAACAAUCGGAUAACCGAGGUGGAGCUGCUGACGCGGGUGGAGCUGUACAUGCAGGUGAAGGACAUUUACCUGGACAACAAUAAUAUCACUUCGAUUGACAUUUUGGAGGACAGUGAGUGGUUGGACAAUUUCCGGAUUUUGAGUCUUCGAGGGAAUCAAAUCAAGAGGAUCCGCGUCUACACGAUGGAACACGCGCUCCAGCGGAAUGCCCACGUCGGGAUGCUGUUCCUGUCGGACAAUCCGUGGCGCUGCGGGUGCCGGUUUGCCACGCGAAUGCAGGAGUUUCUGCGCAAGCACGAGUCGGUUGUGGUGGACUCGCGCAACAUCACGUGCUACACGCUGAACGACGAGGGCCACAAGUCGUUCCUGCCGGUGAUGACGCUGACGCCGAACGAUGUGUGUCGGGAAACGGAAGACAACCGGGCGGCCAUUUACGACGUGAUGAGCAUUGUGUUUGCCUCGUUGAUUGCGUUGAUUUUUACGAAGCUCGCGUACGAUUAUUACAUCUAUCGCAAGUACGGGAAGCUGCCCUGGUUGAUAAUGAAGAUGCCCUAAAAGUGUGUGUUUGUUGCGCCCCGAGAUGGGGGAGCGAAGGGGAUGAACGUAUAAUUGUGAUAUGUAGUUAUAGUGCGUCGCCAGGCGGAAGUUAUCUCGAAUCAUUUGUACUUAAUUAGUUUUGUUUGAUUGCUCUGAAUGCAUAAUGAUCUGUUAAGUUAAA